AUGCACCUGCGUUUUGACCUCAAAUUUUCCCUUGCCAAAGUGCAGACAACUCCACCAGCCGCAGCUGUGAAAGCCAGUAGCAUCCGAAAUAGAUCGAUGCCCGAGCCCAAUUCCCGCCAUCUGUUCAGACAAUUCGGGCUGAUCGAUCGCACUUGUCCGUGCUUCGGACUUGGCGCUUUGGGCUCCGUCAAAGACGCGACGCAGCCAUUAGGGUCACACGUUUUUCGCCCGUUUUCCCAUUCGCCUUGUUAA